UACAAUUCUGAUAAAUUUAAUGUUGAAAAUACUUGGGAGGGUCAUUCAAUAGUUGAAAACAAAACGAAAAGUGUUAAUAAUUCUGUAACAAUGAAGGUUAAUGCUAAAAAUAUUGAUGUUGAUAUGUUUAAUAUCAAAUAUAUACCAUGGCAUGAAGAGGAACCAGCAUUUCCAGUACAUUUUAUUCCUUCAGUUGCAUCCCUUGGACAGCAAGAUGAAUUUAUGCCUUUAAUUCCGUUGUCUGGACAGAGUCUUCGAUUGAGAGGCGGAACGAGUGCCAGAGAAGGUUACUUGGAAGUUCAAGGUAUCCAUCCUGGCUGGGGAGUUGUUUGCGACAAUCAAAGUGGAUGGACAUUGAAAGAAGGUCAUAUCGUCUGUCGUCAAUUAGGAUACACCAGAGGUGCAGAAACCGUCUGGCAAGGUCGCAACAAAAACAAAAAUAUUCCAAACUGGAUCGCAACAACGAGUGUCCAUUGUGAAGGUAACGAAACUAAAUUCCAAACUUGCAAAUUUAUCCAUGGCUCAAAGUGUAAUAUCCAACGAGAUGCCGUUGGAAUCAGCUGUCUUCCGAAUCAUCUAGCAUAUUGCAACAAAGACGAAACUCCUCACGGUGGGAAUUGCUAUCAUUUGGCUGAUCCAAAAUCUGGAUUGAAUCAUGCAGAAGCAUUGGGGUACUGCGUUAAAAGAAACUCUAGACUUGUUGAUAUUGUGAGUCAGAAUGAAAAUAAUUUCUUAUCUGAGUGGUUGACAAACGCUUAUCCAAGGGUGGAAUCGGUGAUGACAGCUGGAGUCGGAUUUACAAUGAUGGGCAAAACAUUUUGGAUCUGGGAAGAUUUAUCGAAAGCAAUGUUCAAGUUUUCAAAAUGGUGGCCAGGUUGGGAGGAAAAAAUACCACCAUCAACUGGAUUACGACCAACUUGUAUUAUCAUGAGAAAUAAGUACCCUUGUUAUAAUAAUCCACUUGAAAACUGUACAGCAGAAUAUUUCUUUUGGGAUCAUGAAGAUUGUGCCACCCCGAUGAAAGAGCACUCGUAUAUUUGCAAAAGACCGUACAAUAAUAUUGGCUGCAUCAGUGAUAAAGAUAAGCAAUAUAUUGGCAAAGCAAACGUCACAGAAUCAGGAAAAUCUUGUUUAUAUUGGGGUGACAAAAAUAACUCUUAUUUAUUGAGCAUUCAUGUACCAGAUUAUGAGAUCAGACAAAAAUUGAAAUCUCAUAAUUACUGUAGAAACACAAAUUCAUUGAAAGACUCAAGACCCUGGUGCUUUACUGGUCCAUCAGUUAAACGAGAAUACUGUGAUAUUCCACAAUGUAAAUUAAUCGGUACAACUCGUUCGUUAACUAAAAGAGAAUGCAGGAAAAGUGAAUUUGAGUGUAGUCCGAAAAAUUGUAUACCAGUUGAAUGGGUUUGUGACUAUGAACGAGAUUGUCCAAAUGGAAAAGAUGAAUUUUCUUGUGUGCGACAUCUCGAUGACUUCACAAAGAUACCAGGUCAUCGAUUGGUGGGAUAUGAUGUUGAAAAAUGGAUGUAUAUGCUGCCUGAUGCAUGUGCUCUGAGAUGCAAAGAAGUGAAUUUCACUUGUCGUUCUUUCUCCCAUAAAUCAGAAGACAAUACGUGUCUCUUGAGUAGUGAUAAUCUUGGUACAACUGGUGCUUUGAAAGCUGAUGCUGAUUAUACUUAUUUUGAAAUGUCAUCAAGGGCAAUUAACUGUGAUCGUAAAUUCAUUUGUGAUAAUAAAAAAUGCAUAAACCAAACAGAAGUAUGCGAUGGAAAAAAUAAUUGUGGUGAUCGAUCUGAUGAAAAUAUUUGUACAGCUGAAAACCUUGAUUAUGGAAUUCGGUUGGGUGGUUCAGAUAAUAAAUACGAAGGAAGGGUUGAAGUCAAAGUUUUCGGUCACUGGGGUCAAGUUUGUGAUGAUGGCUUUGGCAUGAUUGACGCUGAAGUAAUAUGCAAAGAACUUGGUUUCAAUUUUGGCGCUCUAAAAGUUAGACCAGGAGGUUUUUUCGGAAAUCUCGAUCCCCCAACUCGAUUUACUGUUGAUCAACUCCGCUGUACUGGCAAUGAAACAUCUCUACGUGAAUGUGAUUUCGAUGGAUGGGGUGUUCACAACUGCCAACCAGAAGAAGCAGCAGGUAUUGUCUGCAAAAUAGGUGUUAACACUUGCGAGGAGGGUCAGUGGAAAUGCGACAACAGUCCAACAUGUAUUCCCACUAGAUAUAUUUGUGAUGAAGUUACUGAUUGUCCUGAUGGAUCUGAUGAAAGUACACUUCACUGUAAUGCAUCUUUUGUCAUACGAUUAGUCAAUGGAAGUAGUCCAUCCGAAGGUCGAGUUGAAAUUCGUCAUCACGGUGUCUGGGGUACAAUAUGCGAUGAUGAUUUUUCCAAUGCAAAUGCUAAAGUUAUUUGCAACUCGUUAGGAUAUACAGGUUCAGCUGUUGCUAUAAAAAAUGGAUUCUUCGGAUAUGGAACAGGACCUAUUUGGCUAGAUGAUGUCGUUUGCCAUGGUAAUGAAACCCAGCUUUAUCAUUGUGAACAUAAAAGUUGGGGUGUUCACAAUUGUAAUCACGAUGAAGAUGCCAGUGUCAUUUGUGGUGACAUAGCAGUUAAUUAUGUCGAGGCCAACUUUGUUGUGGAAAAGAGUAUUAAAGAUAUACUACCAAGCAUUUGUGGUAAAAGAGCGGAAGAUUUUGCUAACGAAGAUGAAUUUUUAAAAAAAGUUGUUAGAGGCUCAAUUGCGCCAAAAGAUUCAUAUCCUUGGCAGGCGAGUAUACGGGUACGGGGUCAGAGUCGAUCAAAUCAUUGGUGCGGUGCUGUUGUAAUUUCCUCUCUUCAUGUGUUAACAGCAGCUCAUUGUCUGGAAGGUUACAACAAAGGCACUUAUUUCGUUCGAGCUGGUGACUACAACACAGAGCUCGACGAAGGGACAGAAGCCGAUGCCAACAUUGAAGACUUUUAUAUUCACGAAGAAUUUAGAAAAGGCACAAGAAUAAACAAUGAUAUUGCUCUUGUUCUUCUUAAAGGACGUGGUUUCAAACUGAGCCAACACAUAAUGCCCAUAUGUUUGCCCCUGAAAAAUACAGAAUAUUCCAGUGGACUUAACUGCACAAUAAGUGGAUUCGGCAGUAUCGAAACUGGACGUUCAUUAAACUCAAAUGAUCUACGUUUUGGCUGGAUUCCACUCAUUCAUCAAAAUAUUUGUCGAGCUGAUUAUAUUUAUGGUGAAAAAUCGAUAAAAGAUGGAAUGGUAUGUGCUGGUUAUCUCGAUGAAAAUGUUGAUGCAUGUGAUGGUGAUUCUGGUGGACCACUUGCUUGUCAUUACAAUGGGUUUUUUACACUCUUCGGAAUAACUAGUUGGGGACAGCAUUGUGGAAAAAUAAAUAAACCUGGAGUCUAUGUUCGUGUUUCGUAUUAUCGUGAUUGGAUUGAUCGUAAAAUACGUGAUUCCUUGAUAGGAAGAUAA